UUUUGCCCCUCUGCAGUGUGCCUGUAAGCUGGUUUGCGACUCUGCGGCGCACCCCCAAAAACCAUGGCGGAAACCCCGACUGAAACCCUAGAUUCCUCUCCCCAAGCACCUCAAAUCUCCGAAGACGCUACCAAGGAUAACGAAGACCAACUCAUGACCGAUGCCCCUAACUCGAACAAGGUGCCCCGAUCCGACUCCGACACAGAGUCUGACUCUGAUGACGACGACGACGCUAAACAGAAUCUCGAAAUUCAAGCUCUCGAAACUGAGCUCUCCAGCAACCCCUCUAAUUACGAUGCUCAUGUCCAAUAUAUUAAAUCCCUGAGGAAGCAGGGAGACAUAGAGAAGCUAAGAAUAGCUAGGGAAGCUAUGAGUACCAUGUUUCCACUGAGUUCCGAGAUGUGGAAGGAGUGGAUUAAAGAUGAGAUGUCUCUUAGCUCUGGACCUGAGGCUUUCCCUGCUAUUGAAAAGUUAUAUGAGCGUGGAGUGUCUGAUUAUCUGUCUGUGGUUUUAUGGUGUGACUACUUAAAUUAUGUUCAAGAGCAUGACCCAUCAGUUAGUUCAUGUUCUAUAGAUGGUAUAUCAAAGGCAAGAAAUCUCUUUGAGCGUGCCCUUACUGCUGCUGGUUUGCAUGUUGCUGAAGGUGGCCAGAUAUGGGAAUUAUACAGGGACUUUGAGCAAGCCAUUCUCAUCACAAUUGAUGGAACUGAUCACGAGACAAGGGAGAAGCAGAUCCAACGAAUUAGAAAUUUGUUUCAUCGACAGCUGUCUGUUCCCCUUGCUGACCUGAAAACAACUCUUAUUGCAUACAAGGCUUGGGAAGUAGAACAGGGAGGUAAUAUUGAUGUCAACUCCAGUAACUUGGAUGGAAUUUCUGCACAGGUGGUAUCUGCAUAUCAAAAAGCUCUAGAGAUGUUGAAUGCUCGACUUGACCUUGAGGAUCUAAUAUCCAAUAAGGAUGCAACCGAGACAGAUAGACUUCAACAGUUCAUGACUUAUUUAAAAUUUGAGCAGUCAUCUGGGGACCCAGCUAGGGUUCAGAUAUUGUAUGAACGGGCUGUAGCCGACUUUCCAAUUUCUAGUGAUCUCUGGCUUGACUAUACUCUCUACAUGGGCAAAACCUUGAAGACUUCCAGGAUUGUGAGAGACAUUCAUCAUAGGGCCACGCGGAACUGUCCCUGGUCUGGAGAAUUGUGGACUCGUUACCUACUAUGUCUUGAACGUAGUCGUGCUUCUGAGGAUGAACUAUCCACUGUUUUCGAGAAGUCACUUCAAUGCACCUUCUUAAGCAUUGAAGAGUAUCUAGAAGUUUUUCUCACAAGAGUUGAUAGCUUAAGACGGAGAAUGUCUUCAUCUCAAGGAGUGGGGAGUGGCUUGGAUUAUGCAAUGAUACGGGACACCUUUCAGCGUGCAUCAGACUAUUUGUCCCCACAUCUGAAGAAUACAGAAAAGUUAAUACGAAUGUAUAGUUACUGGGCCCAUUUAGAGGCAAAUCUGCGGAAAGAUUUAAUUGCUGCUCGUGGUGUUUGGGAAAGCUUACUUAAAAUCUGUGGAUCUAUGCUAGAAGCCUGGCAAGGCUAUAUAUCUAUGGAGAUCAAGAUGGGUCACAUAAAUGAAGCCAGAUCCCUGUACAAAAGAUGUUAUAGCAAAAAAUUCCCAGGGACAGGCUCUGAGGACAUAUGCCAUUCUUGGGUGCGCUUUGAGAGAGAAUGUGGUUCCCUUGAAGACUUUGAUCUUGCCGUACAAAAGGUUACUCCUCGCCUAGAAGAACUACGACUUUUUAGGCUGCAGCAGGAGAGCAAAAAUACUGGUUUAUCUGCAGAUCAGAGAGAGAUUGCCACUGGGAGAGGAAUUCAUGAAAAGAGGAAACCACUUUCAGAUGUAGCAGAUGAACAGCCCGCAGCAAAACGUCGCAAAGAGAAAGCCAAGAAUUCUAAGUCCACUGAUGAAAAGGGAAAAACUCAAGCUACAGACUUGGUUGGUGCGGGUAAGAUGGAUGUGGUGGUAGAAGCAAGCAAACCAGCAAGUGCAAGCAAGAAAGAAAAGGAAGAUAUUUCCACUGGAAAGCCAAAACAGUACAAUGACCAGUGCACUGCAUUUAUCUCUAACCUUAGCUUCCAGGCAAAUUAUGAUGAUCUACAGAAGUUCUUCAGUGAUGUUGGUGGAGUUGUUGCUAUUCGAAUAUUAACAGACAAGUUCACUGGAAAAUCAAGAGGAUUGGCAUAUGUGGAUUUUUGCGAUGAUGCACACCUUGCUGCAGCUCUGGCAAAGAAUAGGCAAAAGCUGCAUGGAAAAAAACUGAGCAUUCUGAGGUCAGAUCCUCAGCAGAACAGAAAGAGGGGAAACCUUGGGAAAGGAAUGCCAACAAAACAUGCAGAUUCUGGUGGUCAAGGUUCAAAAUCAGAUUCCAAGGACAGUGGUGAAAUUUCAAGACAGAGUGGAGGGGGGCCUAAAAGAGAUCAGUCGGUUGAUAGGCAGAAAGAUGAUAUACAGCUCAAGGGUAGGAACAUUUUUGCAAUGCCAAGAGCUGUCAGCAAAAGUAAACCAAAAUUGGAGCAGAUAGCUGAGGAAGGAGGAGACGAGAACCCUAAAUCAAAUGACGAGUUCCGCAAAAUGUUCUUGAAAUCUUGAAAUAUGCCAUGUGGGAAAAGGUUUGUACAUUAUACCCGAACCCUGUUAGUGGAGUAUGAACAGAAGAAAAUGCUUUAGGAAACUGACUUCUACUUGGUUUUAGUGGAGGCAUUGUGUUUCUUCUAAAUCAUAUAACGCCUUGUUUUCAAACAUCUUAUGCUAAAGCAUUGAAUUAUUAUGCUCUACUUUUAACUGUGUUAUUUUAGUAUAACCGCCUUGCACAUUCCAGUUGUUCCAGUGGAUCUAUGCUAAUAUGUAAGUAUUUGCAAAUGCA